UGAGCGAGAGAGCCUGAGGUGCGCCUGCUCCUAGCGCUUCUCCCUGGAUCUCUCUUCCUACCCAGGGCGGUCGGACUGGCUUCUGGAUAGUUACCCGAUCCCGGUGGCCAGAGCGGGCGACCCGCUCCGCGCAGCUCUCGCCCGAGGUGGAAAGUCAGGGGACGAGCCAAGGUUUCUCUUGUCCUAGACUGGGCUGCGCAGGACGCUGGGAGCCCUGCUCCAGCCUCGAGCCAUUGCGGCCACCGCCCAGCCCGCAGCUACGCGGUCUAGUGCAAAGUGCCGUGUCAUUGGAAAAGCCGGAGGCCGGGGCACUGAAUUAGAGCUCCAUGCAUCCCCGGUAGGGCUGCGGAGGUGGGACAUGAACAGAAGCCCCUAUUCUCGCCUCGCCCUCUGACCAGCGGGGUGAAGCAGUCGGGGGCGGGGGUGAGUCUAGCCCUCCGGGGCCGCCUGGGUUGGGGCUGUCCACUCAGAGCCGCACCUGUGAGCCGGCGACCAGCGAUCUGAGCAGCAGUUCCUGGUGAGAGUUCCCGCGGGCCGCGCCUUGGUCCUCCAGCGCCUGCUUCGCGAUGCUGCGGGUCUUCAUCCUCUAUGCUGAGAACGUCCACACCCCGGACACCGACAUCAGUGAUGCCUACUGCUCCGCGGUGUUUGCAGGGGUGAAGAAGAGGACCAAAGUCAUCAAGAACAAUGUGAACCCUGUGUGGAAUGAGGGUUUUGAGUGGGACCUCAAGGGUGUCCCCUUGGACCAGGCCUCUGAGCUUCAAGUCGUGGUUAAGGACCAUGAGACAAUGGGGAGGAACAGGUUCCUGGGGGAAGCCAAGGUUCCACUCCGGGAGGUCCUCGCCACCCCCAGCCUGUCUGCCAGUUUCAAUGCACCUCUGCUGGACACCAAGCAGCUCCCCACUGGGGCCUCACUGGUCCUGCAGGUAUCCUACACGCCACCCCCAGGAGCCGUGCCCCUGUUCCCACCACCUGCUUCUCUGGCACCCUCUCCGACACUGCCUGACAUGGACCUGGUGGCUGGUGCGGGACAGAGCUGGGCCGAGACUUGGUCUCUGCUUAGUGACAGCACCGUGGACACGAGAUACUCUGGGAAGAAGUGGCCGGCUCCCACGGACACAGGAGGAGAGGAAGACACUGAGGACCAGGGGUUAACAGGAGAUGAAGCUGAGCCGUUCCUGGAUCAGAGUGGUGCUACAGGCCCAGGGGCACCCACCACACCCAAGAAGCCAGCCUCCCACCCUCCCCCCUACCACCCAGGGAGCAAAAGAAAGAGAAGCACAGCCCCGCCCAGAAAGUUGCUGUCAGACAAGCCACAGGACUUUCAGAUCAGAGUCCAGGUGAUCGAGGGGCGCCAGCUACCUGGGGUGAACAUCAAGCCAGUGGUCAAGGUCACAGCUGCUGGCCAGUCCAAACGAACUCGGAUCCAGAAAGGAAACAGCCCACUCUUCAAUGAGACUCUUUUCUUCAACUUGUUUGACUCUCCCUUGGAGCUAUUUGACGAGCCCAUCUUUAUUACGGUGGUGGACUCACGCUCCCUCAGGACGGAUGCCCUGCUCGGUGAAUUCCGGAUGGACGUAGGCACCGUGUACAGAGAGCCCCGGCACACUUAUCUCCGGAAGUGGCUGUUGCUCUCCGACCCUGAUGAUUUCUCUGCAGGGGCCAGAGGCUACCUGAAAGUUAGCCUGUGUGUUCUGGGGCCCGGAGAUGAAGCUCCACUGGACAGGAAAGACCCCUCUGAAGACAAAGAAGACAUUGAAGGCAACCUGCUCAGGCCCACGGGUGUGGCCCUUCGAGGAGCACACUUCUGCUUGAAGCUCUUUAGGGCUGAGGACUUACCGCAGAUGGAUGAUGCUGUGAUGGACAAUGUCAAGCAGAUCUUUGGCUUUGACAGCAACAAGAAGAACUUGGUGGACCCUUUCGUGGAGGUCAGCUUUGCAGGAAAAAUGCUCUGUAGCAAGAUCCUGGAGAAGACAGCCAACCCUCAGUGGAACCAGAGCAUCACGUUACCUGCUAUGUUUCCCUCCAUGUGUGAAAAAAUGCGAAUUCGUGUCAUGGACUGGGACCGCCUCACUCAUAAUGAUAUUGUGGCCACCACCUACCUGGGUAUGUCAAAAAUCUCUGCCCCUGGAGGAGAAAUAGAAGAGGAACCUGCAGGUGUACUCAAGCCUCCACAAGCCACAGACCUGGAUGACAGCCUGGGCUUCCUCCCCACCUUUGGGCCCUGCUAUGUGAACCUCUACGGCAGCCCCCGGGAGUUCACGGGCUUCCCAGACCCUUACAUGGAGCUCAACACUGGCAAGGGUGAAGGUGUGGCCUACCGAGGCCGGCUUCUGCUGUCCCUAGAGACAAAGCUGGUAGAGCACAGUGACCAGAAGGUGGAGGACCUCCCUGCUGAUGAUAUCCUUCGAGUGGAGAAGUACCUCCGGAGGCGCAAGUACUCCCUGUUUGCUGCCUUCUACUCAGCCACCAUGCUUCAGGAUGUGGAUGAUGCCAUUCAGUUCGAGGUCAGCAUUGGGAACUAUGGAAACAAGUUUGACACCACCUGCCUGCCGCUGGCCUCUACCACGCAGUACAGCCGGGCUGUCUUUGACGGAUGCCACUACUAUUACCUGCCUUGGGGCAACGUGAAGCCUGUGGUGGUGUUGUCUUCCUACUGGGAGGAUAUCAGCCAUCGCAUUGAGACUCAGAACCAGCUGCUCAGGAUCUCUGAACGGCUGGAAGCUGGCCUGGAGCAGGUCCACCUGGCUCUGAAGGCCCAGUGCUCCUCAGAGGACAUGGAUGCCCUGGUGGCUCAGCUGACAGAUGAGCUUAUUGCAGACUGCAGCCAGCCCCUGUGUGACAUCCAUGAGAUACCCUCUGCCACUCACCUUGACCAGUACCUGUUCCGACUGAGAACACGUCACCUGAGCCAGAUCACAGAAGCUGCCCUGGCCCUGAAGCUUGGCCACUGUGAGCUCCCUGCAGCCCUGGAGCAGGCUGAGGACUGGCUUCUGCGUCUCCGUGCCCUGGCUGAGGAGCCCCAGAACAGCCUGCCAGAUAUUGUCAUCUGGAUGCUUCAGGGUGACAAGCGUGUGGCCUACCAGCGGGUGCCCGCCCAUGAAGUCCUCUUCUCCAGGCAGGGUGCCAGCUACUGCGGCAGAAACUGUGGGAAGCUGCAAACAAUCUUUUUGAAAUAUCCCACAGAGGGUGUGCCUGGGGCUCGCAUGCCAGUGCAGAUCCGAGUCAAGCUCUGGUUUGGGCUCUCUGUGGAUGAGAAAGAAUUCAAUCAGUUUGCUGAAGGGAAGCUCUCUGUUUUUGCUGAAACGUAUGAAAACCAGACAAAGCUGGCACUGGUCGGGAACUGGGGCACAACAGGCCUUACCUACCCUAAGUUUUCUGACGUCACAGGCAAGAUCAAGCUACCAAAGGAUAGCUUUCGCCCCUCAGCCGGUUGGACCUGGGCAGGAGACUGGUUCGUGUGUCCAGAGAAGACCCUGCUCCACGAUGCUGAUGCUGGUCAUCUGAGCUUUGUGGAGGAGGUGUUUGAGAACCAGACCCGGCUCCCUGGAGGCCAGUGGAUCUACAUGAGUGACAACUACACAGAUGUGAAUGGGGAGAAGGUGCUUCCAAAGGAUGACAUUGAGUGUCCACUGGGCUGGAAAUGGGAAGAUGAAGAAUGGUCCACAGAUCUGAAUCGAGCUGUCGACGAGCAAGGCUGGGAGUACAGCAUCAUCAUUCCUCCAGACCGAAAGCCAAGGCACUGGGUUCCUGCUGAGAAGAUGUAUUACACUCACCGCCGGCGGCGCUGGGUCCGCCUGCGCAGGAGAGACCUCAGCCAGAUGGAGGCAUUGAAGAGGCACAGGCAGGCAGAGGCCCAGGGUGAGGGCUGGGAGUACGCCUCUCUGUUUGGCUGGAAGUUCCACCUUGAGUACCGCAAGACGGAUGCCUUCCGCCGACGCCGCUGGCGCCGCCGCAUGGAGCCACUAGAGAAGACCGGGCCUGCAGCCGUGUUUGCCCUUGAGGGGGCUCUGGGUGGUGUGGUGGAUGACAAGACUGAAGAUUCCAUGUCAGUCUCCACCCUGAGCUUUGGUGUGAACAGACCCACAAUCUCCUGCAUCUUUGACUAUGGGAAUCGAUACCAUCUGCGCUGCUACCUGUACCAGGCCCGAGACCUGCCUGCCAUGGACAAGGACUCCUUCUCUGAUCCUUAUGCCAUCGUCUCCUUCCUGCACCAGAGCCAGAAGACUGUGGUGGUGAAGAACACCCUGAACCCUACCUGGGACCAAACCCUUAUUUUCUACGAGAUAGAGAUCUUUGGUGAGCCGGCCAGUGUCGCUGAGCAGCCACCCAGCAUUGUUGUGGAAUUGUAUGACCACGACACCUACGGUGCUGACGAAUUCAUGGGCCGCUGCAUCUGUCAGCCAAGCCUGGAACGGAUGCCCCGGCUGGCUUGGUUCCCUCUCAUGAGGGGCAGCCAGCCAGCGGGGGAGCUGUUGGCAGCUUUUGAGCUUAUUCAGAGAGAGAAGCCAGCCAUCCACCAUAUGCCUGGCUUUGAGAUUCAGGACACCUCACGGAUCCUGGAUGAGUCGGAGGACACAGACCUGCCCUACCCGCCACCCCAGAGGGAGGCCAACAUUUACAUGGUUCCCCAGAACAUCAAGCCGGCUCUCCAGCGCACGGCCAUUGAGAUCCUGGCCUGGGGCCUUCGGAACAUGAAGAGCUAUCAGAUGGCCAGCAUCUCCUCCCCUAGCCUCAUGGUGGAGUGUGGAGGUCAGACAGUGCAGUCCUGUGUCAUCAGAAAUCUCCGGAAGAACCCCAACUUCGAUGUCUGCACCCUGUUCAUGGAAGUGAUGUUGCCUCGAGAGGACCUCUACUGUCCCCCGAUCGUGGUCAAGGUCAUCGAUAACCGCCAGUUUGGUCGCCGGCCCGUGGUGGGCCAGUGCACCAUUCGCUCUCUGGAGAAUUUCCUGUGUAACCCUUAUUCAACUGAGAGUCCAUCUCCACAGGGUGGCCCAGAUGACGUGAGCUUACUUAGCCCUGGGGAAGAUGUGCUUAUUGACAUUGACGACAAGGAGCCUCUCAUCCCUGUCCAGCUUGCAGAUGGGCUGUCGAGUUUGACCCCCACUAAUCUGGCAUCUUCUCCAUCCAGUCCUCAUGAGGAGGAGUUUAUUGACUGGUGGAGCAAAUUCUUUGCCUCCAUUGGGGAGAGGGAAAAGUGUGGCUCCUAUCUGGAGAAGGAUUUUGAUACUCUGAAGGUCUAUGACACACAACUGGAGAAUGUGGAAGCUUUUGGGGGCCUGUCUGACUUUUGUAACACCUUUAAGCUCUACCGGGGGAAGACUCAGGAGGAGACAGAAGAUCCAUCUGUCAUUGGGGAAUUUAAGGGUCUCUUCAAAAUUUAUUCCCUCCCAGAAGACCCAGCCAUCCCCAUGCCUCCAAGACAGUUCCACCAGCUGGCUGCUCAGAGCCCCCAGGAAUGCUUGGUUCGUAUCUACAUUGUCCGAGCAUUUGGCCUACAACCCAAGGACCCCAAUGGGAAGUGUGACCCUUACAUCAAGAUCUCCAUUGGGAAGAAAUCAGUGAGUGACCAGGAUAACUACAUCCCUUGUACCCUGGAGCCUGUAUUUGGAAAGAUGUUCGAGCUCACCUGCACCCUGCCUCUGGAGAAAGACCUGAAGAUCACACUCUAUGACUAUGACCUCCUCUCCAAGGAUGAGAAGAUCGGGGAGACGGUCAUUGACCUGGAAAACAGGCUGCUGUCCAAGUUUGGGGCUCGCUGUGGGCUCCCACAGACCUACUGUGUCUCCGGACCGAACCAGUGGAGAGACCAGCUCCGCCCCUCCCAGCUCCUCCACCUCUUCUGUCAGCAGCACAGGGUCAAGGCCCCUGUGUAUCGGACGGACCGUGUGACAUUUCAGGAUAAAGAAUACACCAUUGAGGAGAUAGAGGCUGGCAGACUCCCAAACCCACACCUGGGUCCAGUAGAGGAGCGCCUGGCCCUGCAUGUCCUUCAGCAACAAGGCCUGGUCCCGGAGCAUGUGGAGUCGAGGCCUCUCUAUAGCCCUCUGCAGCCAGAUGUUGAGCAGGGGAAGCUGCAGAUGUGGAUCGACCUAUUUCCAAAGGCACUGGGCCGGCCUGGACCUCCCUUCAACAUCACCCCUCGGAAAGCCAGAAAGUUUUUCCUGCGUUGUAUUAUCUGGAACACAAAAGAUGUGAUCCUGGAUGACCUCAGCCUCACAGGGGAGAAGAUGAGUGACAUCUACGUGAAAGGCUGGAUGGUGGGCUUUGAAGAACACAAGCAGAAGACCGACGUGCACUACCGCUCCCUGGGUGGUGAAGGCAACUUCAACUGGAGGUUUGUGUUCCCCUUUGACUACUUGCUGGCUGAGCAAGUCUGCACAGUUGCCAAGAAGGAUGCCUUCUGGAGACUGGACAAGACAGAGAGCAAGAUCCCAGCGCACGUGGUCUUCCAGAUCUGGGACAAUGACAAGUUCUCCUUUGACGACUUUCUGGGCUCCCUGCAGCUCGAUCUCAACCGCAUGCCUAAGCCAGCCAAGACGGCCGAGAAGUGCUCCUUGGACCAACUGGAUGAUACUUUUCACCCUGAAUGGUUUGUGUCCCUCUUUGAGCAGAAGACAGUAAAGGGUUGGUGGCCAUGUGUAACAGAAGAGGGCGAGAAGAAGGUCUUGGCGGGCAAGCUAGAAAUGACAUUGGAGAUUGUUGCUGAGAGUGAACAUGAGGAACGACCUGCUGGCCAAGGCCGGGAUGAACCCAACAUGAAUCCAAAGCUAGAGGAACCAAGGCGCCCUGACACUUCCUUCCUGUGGUUCACCUCCCCAUACAAGACUAUGAAGUUCAUCCUGUGGCGACGUUUCCGGUGUACCAUCAUCCUCUUCAUCAUCCUCUUCAUCCUCCUGCUCUUCCUGGGUAUCUUUGUCUAUGCCUUUCCGAACUACGCUGCCAUGAAGCUGGUGAAACCCUUCAGCUGAGGACCAUCUACGUUGAAGAAAGGGGCGCGGACUGCCUCCCAGCCGGGGGAUUGGCCACUCCUCCACGCCUCCAGGGCCUAGUGGUCCUUCACAUGCUCCCAAGUUCCUGAGAUCACCCCUCUUUCACCAUCUCUUUCUCCCUCGUCCUGACAUCCUGAUCCCCUUUUGGAUGAGCCUCUUAGGCAUUUCAGAUUAAAGCAGACAGAAUUAACGAACA